AUGGCUGGACAGGUAGCGGUCGAAAGAACAAUAGACGUAACAGAGAAAUGCAGAGAUCACAACCUACCAAUGGAAUAUUCUUGUAAAACAUGUAAAGGGGAGUUCAUAUGUCACGACUGCGUGAUAGGAGGGCAUAAUGGACACAUCUUUGGCGAUUUGCAAGCCUUCAUUUCUGAGCAGAAGUUGGAGGUGUUGAAAGUUCUUACCGAUACCGACGACCGAUUGUACCAAUUAAAUUUAGGCUGUGCUAAUGUGAAAGAAAGAAUGGACGAUAAUGAAAAGGAAUCUCAGAUAUUAGUUUCUCAAAUAGAAAAACGAGGCAAAAUUUUAAAAGCUCAUAUCGAUGAAAUUGUUGAAAGUGGUAGAAAAAAAUCCGAAAGAUACCAACGGAAAAACAACAGAAGACUGAGGAAAGUUCUUCAAGAAAUUACCGAUGUGAAAACGAAACUAGAGCAAAAAACUAACAAAUGUCGUGACUUGGUGCAUUCACGCGAGUAUGAAGAUUUCAAAAAAUCACUCCAUUUAGGGAAUGAAUUAGAAAAGAAUGCAUCUGCAAGUCACGGCAGGACGUCGACCAGAAGCCAAACUUUCAUAGCUCCUUCUCCCUUUGAGGAUAUAACAGUUCUCGAAGCUUUGUUUGGGAAGUUGCAAAUCGAUACAUCACAGCUGAACUCAGUAAGUGUAAGAUUAAAAAGCUCGUUCCGUAAUAGAGAUGAUGACGCCGUUUACCGCAUUUGUCCGGUAAUGGAUGGAAAUUCUGCAUGGGUCAGUGGCGAUGAAUGCAUACUACAUCUUGUCACAUUUACGGGAGACUUCCUUAAAAAGCUUGAACUCAAUUCUGGUGUUAAUGAUCUCUGUUGCAUAACCCAAAGCAACGAUGUGACAAGUCUCGUAGUUGCUUGCGAGGACAAUACUCUUAAAAAGAUAUCCCCAGAAGAAGAAGACGAAACAUUUGGGAUAGAGCUGUUCCAGUUUGAGUCCGAUCCACAAAGCAUCAGCAUCACAGCUGAAAAUGACAUCGUGCUCGUGACUCCUGGACACGUAACACCAGUCAAGGUCGACAUGCGUGGGAAAAGGAAACCCUUCGUGUCCAAAAGUGAAGAGGGUAUGGUUUUGACAACACCGAAUACUAUUCGUGUGAAUACCGACACUGGCGACCUGGCUAUCCUAAAUAACGAGCCAGGAUGUUUGUAUGUCUGCGACGAAAAGCUUAAUUUGAAAUUCAAGUACCACGGAAAAGAAAAUGAGGAUGACCAAAUUGAAGCUUCAGAUUUCGAUCCUCAGGGGGUCACGUUUGAUAGGGAUCACAACAUACUGGUUGCUGAUCAAGGCCGGCGACGGGUGAUCCUGCUAGACAAGGAGGGCCAUUUUCUUAAAACUUUGAUCAGCAAAAUCGAAGAUGAACCGCUAACUGUGGAGAUGGUGCAAGAAAGUACAACGCAUGUUCUCUGGGUGGGAUACAAUAGCGGAAAAAUUGAGACAUAUGAAUAUAUAUUCAACUAG